AUGCGCGAAGCGGCAGCGCGGAGGGUCGAGAUUCGCCCGUGCAUCGUCCAGAGUGCACCGCGGCUCGGCCAGGCGGGGACGCGGCGCCGCGUGCCGUCUCUAUUUAUAUAUUGACGCGCCCCGCGCCCCUCGCGCACGCGCAAUGCGCACCUGAAAACGACGAAAGUGAAAAUUGCACAUAAUGGUACCGUACGGUACACUGCGCCGUUCUCAGGGCUAGACAUAAAUAAGUACGAGAAAUUCGCGAAGAACCCGGCACCGGCGGCUUCCGGCGGGCCGCUAGGAUGGCCGUUGAGCGCACGCCGACACCCGGCACUGCGGCAGUUCUGCGUCACCCAUCAGCUGUACCGGCGCGGUCGUGACGUCUCGUGUUCGAGCCGGCGCGAUGGCGUCCACGAUGCAGCUGGAGUUCACUCAGGCGAUGACGGAUUUUAAGACGAUGUUCCCGGACAUGGACGACGACGUGAUCGAGGCAGUGCUGCGCGCGAACCAGGGCGCCGUGGAUGCCACCAUCGAUCAGCUGCUGGCGAUGAGCACCGACAACCAGAACGAGCGGCUGCGGCUGGAGAUGGAGAGGGUGGAGGGCGCGAGCCCGCGCAGGCCGCGCCGCGCCCCGCGCCCGCAGCGCAACGGCGAAGACAACGACACCACGGCACUCGUAGACAUCGACGACGAUUCAGUACCGCUAGCCGUACGGCGGAAAUGGGUACCGCGAAUGCUUGGGCCUUUACCGCCCAUGUUCCUGCGCAUACCGCCUGGCACUGACGCGCGGAUAGACCUGAGUUUAGACAUGGACGACGACCGAAUCGCCACAUUUCUGCAGAACGAGGAGUUCAUGGCUGAGCUCAGGUGGAACCAGGAGUUCAUGGCGGCGCUGGAUAGUGAACAGGGGAAGACGAAAACAGAUGACGAAGCAGAUUUUAAGGAGCGGCUAAAGAAUAUGGGAAAAUUAUCGCGCAAGAAGUUCGCACAACUGUCGCGCAUGUUCUCCCGCGGCGCGGGCGCGUCGCGGCGCUCAGGCAGCGCGCGCGCACCCCCGCGCGGCCCGCCCGACAGCCUGCUGCUGCAGGAGGAACACAGCGACGACGAAGACCAUCACCGGCCACACAAGGUUUAAUUAACUGCACAGUACGACAACGGGUGGGAUUUUAGGGCCUUUUUAGUUUGCCUGUGCGAUGGAAUGGAAGUUGCUGCGCGUUGUGUCCACGCAGCGAUAUCUUUCAUAUAGGAGAUCUUCUUGUAUUUCCUUACUAUUUUAUGAAAUGGAUAUGUGAUGCAGGAAGUUGGACGGUCGUUUUGGAUGGCAAUAAACUGAAAUGUAAUAAUUCGUAAGGGUGCAUUUCUACCAGAGAUGCGUGCCGUGGAUGUUUGAUAUCCACUAUGUAGUCAUGUUUCUCAUGUUCAUUGUUCUACAUAGCUUAGCGCUCGUGAGGACGGGUCCGACUAAGCUGGUGGAUAUCAAACAAAUCCACGUAGCGCAUAUCUCGUGAAAAAGCACCCUUACCCUCGUGUUAUGCAGCAAUGUGACUAAACGCCCUAAAACGUUACGGGUGCUCAUGAAUCUGGUACAAAUGAGCAUUCAUAACGCUGUCCCUUUCUGUUCGAGAUUCUGGAAACGACUAGACUAGGACUUGAAAGGCGUACUUAGGUAGGUACUUUGACUCGGGUGCGUAUCGAUCGGUAUAACUUUUUUUGAUAUAUUUUUAGUCGUUAUAACGAUCAUUUGAUAUAAUUAUUGAAUCAUAUAACAACAAAUAAUAUACUGACAAA